AUGUUCCGAGUUCUGGAACGAGUUAUAACAAUUUCUGAUUCACGAUGUUCUUCAAAAACUUCAAGGAAACGAAAAAAAAAUGCUGAAGCCGGGAGUUUGAGCUCUUUUGUUCCUCGACAACAAUUAAAGUGCCCUGCCAAACAAGUGUCAAUUUAUGAGAGAGCCAUUAAUGAAAGUAAUGAAAGUGAGAGCUUUUUGGCUCCUCAACGGCAUUCAGGACACCUUGUUAGAGAAGACUCAGGACUUACAAGAGCUACCCGACCUUCUUGUGAGGGCGAAGUUAUAUCUGAUGAUGUUGAAGUUGUUCUCAAUGGUACUCAGAUGGCAGGCACAGACGAAACUUUUACUGACACAUAUUCAAGAAAUCAACCACCAACACAUCAAAGACAACCAUGCGUGUCAUCAAAACCUGAUUUUGUAAUUGAGAAGCGAAACAGUGAAUUUGGAGAACCACAGAUUGCAGUGGAGAUUCUUGCCUGUGGUACUUUCAUUUCUGCGAAGUAUUGGGAAGAACUUGAUAAAGGUUUACCAAAAAAAAAACAAUCAGUUGAGAUUAAAUGA